CGACGACAGAGGAAGCAGAAGGAGAGUCAGCGGAAUUGGGUAGAGCAUGCAAGGUCAGUUUGCCGGUGAGGCUGUGGAGGAGGAAGACGUCGAGGGGGGUUCUAACGUAAGCGAGCGGGAGGAGGAUGUAGGUGGGGGCGCCGAUUUGCGAAGAAGGGAAUGGGCAGUGCGAUUUGGGGGGGGAGGGGGCGAUCAGGAUGUGGGAUCGAGAGCAGGAGAUGGUGGGAAUGCCAGGCAAUCAGGACUUCCUUGGACGAUUCCUACUGGCCGGGCGGUCCCGAUUCUGGCCCUGUCAACAUUAUUCCCUUCGUCUUGUUACUUGACGGAGGGAGUAGAUAGCAGCACGGCUAUCUGUUCCAAUGCGCCUGUGGCCGACCUUUCCUCCUCUCCUCCUACACUUCCUCUCCUCCGCUCCUGUAGUCGCUGGGAGGGAGGGAGGGAGGGAGGUCUGAGGGGCGAUGCGACCGGUGAUAAGCGAGCGAUCGCGGUGUUAGAAGCGAGUGGAAGAAAGGAUGAGACGCGAAGAGCACAUUGGGAGGAAGCCGGUGAUCAAGCGGGCAUGACGGUCACUCCAUGUGAAAACAGGUCGUCUAGCCAGGGUCAGGCAAGCGACGCUGCGCUUGCCACAGCCAGACAACAGGAGGAAGACAUCGGUGGCAGCGACAUGAUGCUGCGCAGCAAAGCCACAUCAGUGUGGUCGCCUGGUUUAGUGAAGGCUGUGCCCCCCGGACACAGACCGAACUGGGUGGAACUGCUUAACAAGGUUGUUGAGGGCAGCCGUCCAACAAUCAGAUUCUACAGACCAAGCGCUAACCAUUGGAUUUAUCCGGGCUACGAUAAAUCGUGUGGGCCGUUCUGUUUUCGGACGAACGGUGAUGAGAACAAGGAAAAAUCAGCAACACAGCCGAAUGGCGACCAGAGUCAAGGAUCCAAUCAGAGUCGAAGGCUGGAUCCCUUGUUGGUCACGGAUGCUGCUGCAACCAGUUGUACCUGUAACGAGCUCUUCCGCCGGUAUUACAAAGAGCAUCCCACCUGCUCGUCAAAAUCACUGGAGGGAUGGUUUGAACUGUUUAACAUGCUAGGAUUGAAACUUCCCAGCAAUUGGGUGUCCAUCGUACUUAAUCCGGGUACUGAGUAUCGCAGCACGCCGAGGCAGGGGUCACAACGGUUGGCUACUCAUGAUGUGUGUUCCACACCCGUGCCUGAGGAGGAAGGUGACGGCAACGGUCCAUCUGCACCAGCGCAGAAGGGGAAAGAAGCAGCAAGAGCCAGUCUCUGCUUUGUGGACCUCAGGUCAUCAUCAGGUUCUAGAUGUCGUUCCCCCUCUGAGCUCAAGAAGGCGAAUGAGCGGCAGCAACAAGUGGCCCUUCCAACUGCACGUGAGCAGAGAGCGUUUGCGCGGGAGAGAUUGAAAACUGAUGUGCCAAACAAAUCAGCAGAAGAGCGAAGAGCUUCCACCACAAGUAUUCGAAGAAGAGUGCAAAGAGGAUUACCAGUGGGUCUCCAUCUAGGUUACAGAGAAAAGGAUAGGGGGCACACAAGGACUGGAAGAGACCUGAGGAGGAAGGAACAGAGAAGUGGCAGAGCAAGACCAAGAGGAGCUGGAAUACUGUCUGAUGAGAUCGGAGGUGGUGCGAACGAGCGACAGACAGCCAGUGGGACUGUCGCACUUGAAGUUGUGGAUAUACAGUCGACUGACCUUGGUGGGCAGGAGUCUGGAGGAAAGGGAGGUAAGGAAGGAAACCUGGCCCAUGACGACGAAGCGGAUUCCAGAGAGCAAAGAGCGGUCGGAAGCAGAUCAAGCAUGGGUGAAGGAAAUCCGGGGUGUAAGUUGAUCGGCCAAAGCGAAGAAGUAAUUCGGGUAGAGGGACCGGAGAACGCAUCAGCAUCCGUGAACAUUACACCUUGUGCCACAAGCAUGACAGUGAUUGCGAAACGCCGUAACGUCUCUGGACCAUCAAAGGCAGGCAAGGAAAUAGGUGACACAUCCGACUAUGCAGAGGUGAGAUUAAAAGAGCUUGGAGGCGAGAAGGGACGUGUAGAUGCACAGAGUCGUUCUCGCGUAGAAAAAGGCGGUGAAAAUCACAUUGCACGCGGGAAUGAGCGAGUGGUUGUCAAACAUCAGGAUGAUCAUGCUGAUGAGCAGGAAAAGAUGCAUACUAGGAACAAGGAGAGAAGUGGAUGUCAUUCGCCGGCGUUGGACAUCAAACCAGGCCCCGUGUGCUCCCUUCCAACUCCCUCAGCAAAGUUGGAAGGAAGUGUCUGCGGGCAGUCGAGGGCAAAGGGCGCAGGGGUUGAUGCGCCAGAGCAGGUCAAAGCCGUGGCACAGGAGGAAGCAGAGGGCGGAGGCGCUGCUGAACCAGUUCUAUUGAGUAGCCCAAGAGGAGGAUCGCGGGAGGGCGUAAAAGAAAUUCCAGCAUGCAAGGAUACCACGGUGGUCUCACCAUCUCGGUCUGUUUCACGACACGAGGCAGCAAUCUUGUUACCUGCAGAUCAAGGAGGGGGUCCACCUCAGGAUGAGAACGAAGAUGUGCGUGAGGAUCAGCGGCAUUCGCGGCGGGACCAUGAGGAUGGAGGCGAUGGAGGCAAUGUACCUAUGCAGGACGGAGCGGAGAACCAAUGUGCUGCUGGUCACUCCACCUCGGAGAGACCUUCUGAUUCGGCCAUGUCCAGCACAUCAGAGAAGGAACCACACGACUUGCCCAUGAGGACGGCAGAGUAUUCUUGUAAGGGACGUGGUCAGGAUGCCCGAUGUAGGUCACACACUGCUGACAGCCUUCAUCCUGGAAACCCUGCACACUUCAGGACUACAGAAGGCAGGCACAGGCCUUGGGUGUCUUCUGCUGCUAGAAAGGUGCCCAGCGAUUCUUUGCAGCAAGAGUAUUGGAUGAGGUCAGCUUCAGCAGAGCACAUCAGGUGCUCUCACUGCAGCUCAAGACGAGCAACGCUAAGCUAUUGUGGAAAAGCACGGGGAUGGCAUAAGAAGUUGCAGUAUGAUGCUGAUUUUGAAACGGAGACAGACGAGGAUGAUUCGCCAGUGAUUGGAGGGUCAAAUAUGGAAGAUGAAGUGGACAAGCGGUUUGCAGGGGAGCAUGCUCCGUUUCCGGGCAAUCGACUGCAACCCCAGGAUGUGAACCAUAGCACAGCGGGUGUGAAAAGGAAAAGAGAAAGAGAACACAGUGGUUGGCAUGACAGCCAGAAGAUGAACGCCUGCUGUGGUAUGCCAUGGAGAACCCACUUCUCACCGCGAUCCGUGUAUGGAGGGCAAGCAUGCACACAGUCACCGUCGAAACGCAGAAAAUCUAGGUUGCAUUCAUCAUCGUGCUCGAGCUACCCGCCAGCAAAAGGACCACCAUCGUAUCACCGCCGAAAGGCUGUGGAGGUUGAAGUCCUGUGCAGCCAACGACACAAAUGCCAAAAGUUGAACUGGAGGGAUGAUGAUUUGACGAGGCACUUGGCCAGGGACAGGCACGGGUACGAAAUGUUCCCGGCAUCCCCAUCCCCAUUAGCGCCAUCAUUGUCAUCAUCAUCAACAUCACUAUCACCGUCACAACUGCCACCAUCUUCAUCAGGUCGCGGAAAAAGGCGUGCCAGUCACACGUCCAGUCAUAGAGGUCCUGUUCAUUGCAGAUUGGAAAGGGAGUUGCAACACAAAGGCCGCUCAAAGAUGAAGCAUCUGAAUGAGUGGCACUCGCAUGUUGCGCGAUUGAAGAGCAAAAAAAGAGACGGAGUGUCAGCGGAUUUCCUGCAAACAUCCUCCAGCUAUGGAAUCGAUCGCGUUCCUCUGAGUGGUUUGGAUCGAGCGCUUCCUCACGAGUUGCUUCGGAUGAACGCGGGACUCGUUGCUAACCAGGAAGAUCCUUCGGCUCGUGCCACUGCUACUGUUGCUCCUGUUCCUGCUGCUACUGCCACUGCUCCUGCUACUGCUUCGGCUGGCCACCCUCCUGUUGUCUCUGCUGCUGCUGUUGCUUCUGGUGGACGGAGUUCAACGACAAGUCGUGCAGUGGGGCAGCUUUGUCUGGAGAGCGAUCAACAUGGAGGUAUUGGUGUCAAGAGCGAGGUCACCGAUGCACGUCACCAGUGGCCAGCCGAUAUUUCUAAGUCAAAUCCUUCCCAAAGAGGGGGAGGCAAUGAGCCUGUGGCAUCUCCUGUAAGUAGCUGCUUUAAAGCAGCAGCUAAUAAUGCCAAUUCCGAAAUAGAAGCCAUACAAGGAGGACAUGCAGUCAUUUGUGUUUCAUCGGACCAAAGGGGCCCAUCGUCUUCCACCGAAUGCAACAGAGCUGCUUCCAUUGGGGCGCCAACACCAUGCUGUGACAACCUUACCGGAUGCCAUCAUUGCUCUGACGUUUCUGCCCAACCCGUACAGGGUGUGCCUUGCUGCUCCGCGCUCGCGAGUAAUUGCGAUGAACAUCAUGACGGUCACAGGGUGGAGUGUGCUCCAUGUGCAACUCUCAAGAGAACGGGUUCGGAGUGCAUCCAAGAAUCGCCGAUGGAUGACUUAAAGCAUGGAAGUGCCAUUGACAGGAGUGAUCGCAACGCCGCUGGCAGAGGUGAUGAAUGCCAUCAGAGAGCCGAUGCAGCAGAGCAGCCAGCGUUCAGAGAGCAAAAGCUGAAUCGAACAGAGGGGGAGGGCGUCUUGGGGGCCUCAGUAGGACCAAACUCAAACAGGGCCACCAUUGAACAUGUCAUAGCUGGUAAGAUUGCAGUGAUCAAACAGUUGACAGACGAGGUUCUGCUCAUGAGUAGAGAAGCCAUUAAUAUCAGAGAGGAUCCAGUGAGUCGGAUGGGCCACGCGAAGGGUUCCCCCGCAGCAGUUGGGUCAGCCGCCUUGGUCUCUGUGGGCAAUGGGCUUCAGAAGGAGGAGCUUUCAUGUGGUGACCAGAAGCAAGAAGCGGCCAACAAGGAGGAGACAAGCCGCGCCCCAGCAGUUCUGAUGGAGUCAAGAGGAGAAGGUAUGGAGGUGGUGGAGGAGGUCCAUCAAGGAGGAGGAACGCUCACCGGGGACAUUGUCGAAAGAGAUGCCGUGAACAAUCAUUCGAAUAGCAGAAAGGAUGUCAUCGAACGUAUGGGUGCAUAUGAGAAGUGCAAAGAUGGAGAUAACGAGGCACAGGUGGGUGAUAUUGGCGGAAGCAGCUCAGUAGUAGAUGGUCAUGAUGACAUCACUAGUGAAUGCCUCCCUCCUGGAAACCCUCCAGAGGAUGCGGAAGCGGAAGAAUGUGCUCCGGGGGACUUUGUGUUUUCUAGCAAAGGGCAGGCAACCGAUGGGGGUGGUUUUUCUAGCAAACGGCAGGCAACAGAUGGGGGUGUUUUUUGUAGCCAAAGGCAGGCACCGGAUGGAGAUGGUGCAAUGCUGAGGGAAAAACGCACGAAGAAGUGCAAUGGCACGAGCAACGGAAAUGGCAUCGUUGAAAGCGUUCAGGAAGAAGAAGAAGAAGAAGAGUGCAGUGCCAGAACAAUGGAUGAUUCAAAAUGUAAGACGAUGACGUUUGUCGUGGCAGAGGAGGAGAUACAGGGUGGUGCUUCGAGGUGUACAUCGAAUGGGACGACUGCAAGUAGAACGGAGGAGGUGCAGCAAGUCAAUCUUAUGAGCCACAAGGAAAAACAGCAUAGCUUGGGUGAUUGUCUUUCAGAAUCUCUGGGGAGACAUCGAGAGUCACUGCAUUCUCUGAUCGAGAACAUGAAGAAAGAACUGGUUCAUGUUCGCACUCCUGGAGAUGAGCAGAUUCUACUGCUGAAUAAAGCUGCAAUCGAAGAGAUUAUGCUUAUAGCAAGCACUGCAGAAGAGGGGUGGAGACAGAUUUUCGAUGGUCGUUGUCAGUCCAUCUCGAUAGACUUUAUCGGUCCUCUGCGUCCUUCAACCUCCCACGCUCAUGAUGCUAUCAUGGUCGUCGUCGACGGCUUCAUGAUCCGUGCACGCUUUGUUCCGUGCCGCUGUGCCAUCAGUGCACGUGAGGUCGCCGACAUAGUGUUUGGCCGAAUCGUGUGUGACCACGGCUUACCUCUGAGCAUCAUAUAUGACCGUGACCCGCGCUUUACCAGUCGCUUCUGGCGACGCCUCCACGAGGUGUACGACACCCAGCUCCGUAUCUCCUCGUUUUACCAUCCCCAGACUGAUGGUCAGACCGAGGUCACGAACAUGACUCUCGAAGAUAUUCUCCGGAAGAUUGUUCGUGGCGACCAGCUGUGGGAUCUUCAUCUUGCCCACGUGGAGAUAGCCUACAACCAUGCCGUCUCACCAGCCACGGGGAUGUCGCCUUACUAUUGCGACCUCGGCUAUCACCCUCGUGUUUCCGCGGACUUCCUUCGACCGUCACUGAUGCACCCCGACACGAGUUGUCUCGCGCUGGAUGAUUGGGUUGCACACAUGACGUCGAUCAUGAAGACCGCGCAUGAGCACAUAGCCACUUCCCAGAUUCGCAUAACCGCACGUACGAAGUGGUCAUGGAUGGAUCACCCAUUCAAAGUCGGUGAUGAUGUGCUUAUCGACGUCCCUCACUUACAACUCGAAGUGGACACGCUUCGCAAGUUUCGGCGUCGCUUCUUUGGCCCAUGCCGCAUUCUCCAGGCCCUCGGUUCUGAUACGGCAUCUAGCCUGGUCAGCUUCCGUGUGAAUCUGACCGACUACCUAAGCCAAGCUCGUGUGCACGAUGUCUACCAUGUCUCGUUAAUGCGUCCUUACCACAGACCGUCUGAGCGUUUCGUUGGACGACCGUACGAGCGCCCUCCACCCAUCAUGGUAGACGGCCACGAGGAGUUCCUCGUUUCAGACAUCAUUGAUCGCCGUGUCACUGACGACAACCCUCCCCAUGUCGAGUAUUCGUACGUUGGAAAGGUUACCCUAAUGAGGAGGCUACUUGGGAGCCCCUCGAACACUUGCAGCACGCUCGCAUGUUGACGCUAUGACGCCCAACCUCACGCCCGACGCGACUUCCUGAUCGAAGUGGGAUGUGGGCCUGGAAGUGUGAAAAGGGGUGUGCCAAGGAUUUUUGGGAAAUUGGGGGUGGAGUCCCAGCGAGAAGAGAGAACGAGAGGAGGAGAGGAAGAGAAGGAGAAGAGGAGGACAGGAAGAGAAGUAGAGGAGGAGGAGGAGGAGGAGGAGGAGGAGGAGGAGGGGGAGGAGGAGCGGUGGGACACAGGCGCUCUGGAGCCGAUAGCCGUGCUGCUAUCUACUGCCUUCGUCAGGGAACAAGAGGAAGGGAAUGAAGUUGGGAGGGGGACGGAAUCGAGAUCGACCAGUAGGGAGGGAGGGAGGGAGGGAAGAAGGGAGGAGGAAGAGGGGAUGGAGAGGCUUUCACGGAGGGAGUACUUGCGGGCGUUAGGACGUGCUGGAUCACAUACUCUGUUCCAGCGAUGGUGGUACCGUCACAUGUCAUCAGAUGCCAGCAUGUACUGCCACGGUGCAAUCGCUGGCAGAACUUGUAUUGUGACUGGCCCCACCAGUGGGAUCGGCCUUGAGACAGCGAGGUGUUUGUACAAGGCAGGCGCGCACGUUGUGCUUGCAUGCCGUAACACUUCGGCAGGGCAGAGACUGAUUGACAAGUGGCAGCAAGAGGAGGGCAUGCGCGGAACGAGAGCAGAAGUCAUGGAGCUUGACCUAUCGUCGAUCGAGAGUGUUCACAGUUUCGCUCAGCGAUGGAAUGCAAAGGGAUUCGAACUCCACUGUCUCAUACACAAUGCCGGAGUUUUUCUCAUGUCCGGUCCUCGCAAAGUGACCGGUGAUGGGUUUGAACAGCACUUGGAAGUUAACUUCCUUGCACCAGUGCUACUGACAGCGCUGCUGCUGCCGUCACUCAUUCAGAGCGCACCAUCGCGCGUGGUGUUCGUGAACUCCAAGUUGCACGAAUGUGGGUGGUUGAACUUCGAUGACCUGAAUCUCAGUGGCCACACAGGGCAGUCAUAUGGGCACUUUGCAGCUUACGCUCAGAGCAAGCUGGCCCAAGUCAUGUUUGUGAAUGUGCUACAGAGACGUCUGCCAAACGAUCUUCGUGUCGAUGUAGUGGCAGUGGACCCAGGAAUGGUGUAUACGGACGUUGUCCGCUAUGGAACGACAAUUAUGCGUUGGGGUUAUCGAUACGUGGUGCGAUGCAUGCAGCUCUCCACAGCUGAGGGCGCAAGGGCAUCCCUUCACUGUGCCUCUCACCCAUCUGUACAACUGUUUGCUCAAACCAUACGCGUUUCCGGGUCAUUGGAUGGUCCCCUCUAUGCCCCCGAUUGCCGACCGGCAUCAGUUGCAAGGCAGGCAAGGAACCUGGAAGCCAUGGAAAGGUUAUGGAGAGUCACAGCGGAGUGCUUGGGCCUUCCACUGGACUGGCUGGACAGAACUCUCCUCGCGUUUCCACAUGUCGUGAAGUCGUGAGCUUGCUGACUUCGAGUGCCAGACGGUCGGGUCGGCUGACAUCCUCCUAUCCCCUGCUCUCCUCGCCUGCUGCCUUGACAUGUGGAAACACGAGGAGGAUACGCUGCAGUUUGUGUCAUCAGCCACCAUCUGCUAAGUAUAUCCUGUCUUUGAAACUGACUGUCGCCAUAUCAACGACAUCCUCGUCUUUGCACUUAACCCAACGGUUGCCAAACACUUUUCCCCGACCUGUUGGUUUAUGAGAAAUGGCUACCUCCUUGUCGGCCACUCGCUGCCCUGUGUCCCUUCUAUCUUUGUCCUGUCAUUCAUCGGUAAACGCUACUCGUCGUAUCCAAGGUUUCAUCGGAUCCAAGAGAAGA